UCGCGCUGCUGAGAGAAGAACGGUGAGGACCGUCUCGUGCGAAUCAAAACACUUUUACCUGUUUACUUUGGAAUAAAAGUGUCCGGCGAACCAGCGAGCUCAUCCACAGCAAUGCUCCGGACUCACCUGUGAUAGUCUCUCGCGGUGACCUGUGAGAAGAGUCUGUACGCUGUCUGGAACGCUGCAUCUGACACGCUGGACAGACAGACGGUAUACGGCAGGAGAGCAUGACGACGACCGACGUGACGAUUGUGAAGGAGGGAUGGCUCCAUAAACGAGGAGAGUACAUAAAGACGUGGCGGCCGCGGUAUUUCUUGCUUAAGAGUGACGGAACGUUUAUCGGCUAUAAGGAGCGACCGCAGGAUGUAGAUCAACUCGAGACGCCGUUAAAUAACUUCUCAGUGGCACAAUGUCAGUUGAUGAAGACAGAGCGACCCAAACCCAACACAUUCAUCAUACGCUGCCUGCAGUGGACCAGUGUCAUUGAGCGCACCUUCCACGUGGAGCGUCCCGAGGAACGGGAGGAAUGGACCAAAGCCAUCCAAGCUGUGGCCGACAGUCUGCACAAACAGGAAGAGGAGAUGAUGGACUCGUCUCCAGACCCCAUGGACAUGGAGAUGUAUUUGACCAAACCUCGACAUAAAGUGACCAUGAAUGACUUUGAAUACCUCAAACUCUUGGGCAAAGGCACUUUCGGGAAGGUGAUCCUCGUGAAGGAGAAGGCCACGGGAAAAUAUUACGCCAUGAAAAUUCUCAAGAAAGAAGUCAUUGUAGCCAAAGAUGAAGUGGCUCACACACUCACAGAGAACCGUGUGCUUCAGAACUCUAAACACCCCUUCUUAACGGCUCUAAAAUACUCGUUCCAAACCCACGACCGUUUGUGUUUCGUCAUGGAGUAUGCCAACGGAGGAGAGCUUUUCUUCCAUUUGUCCCGGGAUCGAGUGUUCUCAGAGGACCGAGCACGGUUUUACGGGGCUGAGAUCGUGUCUGCGCUGGAUUACCUGCAUUCAGAGAGAAACGUGGUCUACAGAGACCUGAAGCUGGAGAACCUGAUGCUGGAUAAAGACGGCCACAUAAAGAUCACAGAUUUCGGCUUGUGUAAGGAGGGAAUCACUGAUGGAGCCACCAUGAAGACGUUCUGUGGUACUCCAGAGUAUCUGGCGCCUGAGGUGCUGGAGGACAAUGAUUACGGCCGUGCGGUGGACUGGUGGGGUCUAGGUGUGGUGAUGUAUGAGAUGAUGUGCGGUCGGCUGCCGUUCUACAACCAGGAUCACGAGCGUUUGUUUGAACUCAUCCUCAUGGAAGACAUCCGUUUCCCUCGCACACUCGCUCCCGAGGGCAGAUCCCUGCUAUCCGGCCUGCUCAAGAAAGACCCAAAGCAACGGUUAGGCGGCGGCCCUGAUGAUGCUAAAGAGAUCAUGCAGCACAAAUUCUUCACUGGGAUUGUGUGGCAAGACGUUUAUGAGAAGAAGUUGAUUCCUCCGUUCAAGCCUCAGGUGACGUCAGAAAUCGACACCAGAUAUUUUGAUGAAGAGUUCACAGGACAAACCAUCACCAUCACACCACCAGGACAAGGUGACAGUAUGGAGUCGAUUGAUAGUGAACGGAGGCCACACUUCCCUCAGUUCUCUUACUCUGCCAGUGGAACCGCAUGAAACCUUCAACGAGAUCUGCCUCUGGUCCGUCUUCAACCUCUCUUGACGAAGACGUUUCUCUUUUACAGUGACCAUCAAUGAUGGUCAAACAUUCACAGAGAAAUCCUGAAACUCUGUGUUAAACAACACUGCACCGGUCUGCACUUUCUGACCUCUGGUUUGACCUUUACACAUCUGUACCUUCUGCUAAUGGAUAAAAACAUUCUCAUUGCUUCUGUGGCCUUUGAUUUGUAUCAUUUUUCUAAAGGAUUUGAGAGGGAACAUUAAAAGCAGUAAAAGAACAACUCGAUUAAUUCUUUACUCGACUUCAUUAGUCUGAGUAUUGAGACUCUAAUAACUAAUGCAAUGCCCCCCCCAGGUUACCUAUUGUAUAUUGCUCUAUAUUGCCUUUGCAUUGAAUGUGCAAUACUUAGGGGGUGAAUCUGCGUGUUAAGGACAUGCCAGUUUAUGAAAGAUAUUUCGCUUUUUUUAGAACCAUUAAGAGUUUGUGACAUACGUUUUAUGAGUCAUUUUUCUAUUAUGUGAAAAAACAAUGCUAUUUAUACAUUAUGGUAGUAUUUGUCGUACUGUCUUUAAUUUAUGCUGGUGUAAAUAACAUUUUAUUACAGUACUGAGAAUCAUCAUCGAGAAAAAUACAAUUACAGAAAACUCCAAAUUAAAACGUAUGAACACUUUACAGUAAUGACGAUUUUGAGAGAAAUGUGCUUAAUUGUUAUGAAAAUAAUGUCAAUUCCAAAAAUCUUAAUGG